AUGAAGAGGAGAGGAGAGGAAGAGGAAGAGGAAGAGGAAGAGGAAGAGGAAGAGGAAGAGGAAGAGGAAGAGGAAGAGGAAGAGGAAGAGGAAGAGGAGGGGGAGGGGGAAGAAGGUUUAUUGCAGAAUUUUGCUUUGAAAAUAAACCCAUUCUCUAUUGCGAAUGAUUUUCAUAUAAUUUUAGAAUUCAAAGAGGGCUACAGCCAUCUUGAAUAUUGUAAAAGACUUUCAUUUGCAAAUAUUCCAUUGAAAAAGGGCAAGAAUCGGAACCGAGAUUCUCAUUCAUCCAAUAGAUAA